AUGUCUGAGAGUUCUGCAAUGGACAUAACAAAAGAGGAAGAAGACACUUUUCUUUUUUAUUAUCAGAUAAAGAUGCUUGGCCUGUGCGACCACAUGAACAUCCCCGUUCAGAUACAAAGUACUGCAAUAACGUACUUUAAGGUUCUAUUCAGUAAAAGACGGGUUUUCCAGUACGACAUGAAGAACUUUGUGGUUGCCUGCAUUCUCCUGGCGAUGAAGGUGGAGAAUACCUUUACAACGGCAGCCCGCAUAAAAGAGCAGCUGAGCUUUGCGGAUGUGAAGCUCCUCGCGGAGUACGAGCUGGAGAUAUGCAAUGCCCUGAAGUUCAACCUGCACGUAGCAUCUCCGCACUUGCGCCUUCUUGGGCUCUUUCUCCUCCUGCGGAACAAGGAGAGAGUCGCAGCAGAAGCGGAGAAGCACGUCCAGACGCAGGAAAUUUCUGAGGCAGAUAAAGUCCUGGAGUGGGACCAGGCCGUAGAGAAUCUGAGGACUCUGAUGCUUCUAGAGGACUAUCAUACGCUGGACCUUAAUGAAGUCGCGAUAGCUUCUCUCCCCGUCUCUCCGCUGCAACUCCGGGGGUUCUUCAUGGAGGAAACCCUCGAGUCCGUGAAGCAUCUGAAGAAAAAGAUGAAAAGAAAAGAGCCCCCCUCCUCCGAGCAAAUAGAGAGAAUAGGCAGGAAGAUCAAGCAGAUCCAGCAAAGGUAUAAGAUAUAG